CUUCUUUCGCCUCCUUCGUUACUCUCUGCUCAUCUGUUUUCUCGAUUCAUACUUUCCCCUGCCCGUCGUUUGAUCUUGAUUUUGGUUUUCAUAUUGAUUUAAAGGCAUCAGAUCAACGUUUUGAUUUUCGCAUUUAAAUCUCAGAUUUUGGUAUAUAAUUUCAAAUCGCAACACAUUUAGGGCUAGAAAUAAUUGCAAACCCUAGCCCACAAAUUCGUUACGUUUUCCCUUUUCUUUCGUUGUGAAGAUCCGAGAAGAUUAGACCUUCCAUUCUUGAAUCUUUAUUCUAUAAACGUAUUUUAUAAUCUUUGGAAGGUUUAUAGUCACGUAAGCUGAUUGAUAGCCAAAUCGAAUCUAUUGGUAUUAAAAGGACAAAAAUCAAUGGGGAAAGAUUUAUUGGUAUCUCUGGAUGUAGAUGUAGAGGAAGGUGAAAUAUCGGAUUCUGCUUCUAUUGAAGAGAUCAGUGCGGAUGAUUUUGCUGUGAAGUCGCCGACGAUUGGGACGGAGAUUGCUGCUUCUAAGAAUGCAGUCGAUGAUGAUUCCAAGCAACAACAGCAGCAUCAGAAAGUUUGGACGAUGCAGGAUCUGUUAAAGUAUCAGAAUAAGUAUCAGAUUUCUAGAAAUUACGCACCUGGGUUGUAUAAUUUCGCCUGGGCACAGGCUGUUCAGAAUAAACCUCUUGACGAUUAUCUAACAACCAUGAAUACUAGUACUACCACUGAUAACUUGAAGCAGCCUUUGUUGAAUGAUGAUGAUAAUAAUAAUAUUGAGGUGAAGAAGGAAGUGAUGGAAAACGAUGAUAAGAUUGUAGUUGAUAUUAGCGACGAUGGUGAUAGUGAGAAGGAGGAAGGGGAACUGGAGGAGGGUGAAAUUGAUUUGGAUAUGGAGGUUGUGAAUGCUGGUAAAGGAGGAGAAGAAGAUAAUGUUGAGAAGUGGAUUAAUAUAAUUCGUAUUGGGUUGGAGAGUAUAACUAUCAAUGAUGCAAAGAAAUCAUUCAGUGGAGUCUGUUCCAGACUCGAAGACUUCCUUGACAGCUUCUCAAAACUGCUUUUGGAUAAUUCCAUGUCCAACAGAGAUGAUUUGGGUCGACUUGCUUUUUCUUCUAUUCAGCUUGUUAAUUCAGUUUUUUGCUCCAUGAGCCAAACUCAUAAGGAACAGAGUAGACACUUACUAUUAAGGGUGCUAACUAAUGUGAAAAGCAACAUGUCUGUUAUUUUCUCCCCAGAACAAUUGAAAGAGAUAGAGAUGAUGCUUGUGUCAUGCAACUCAAAUAAUGAAUCUUCAAAUACCAAAGGCAAUAACGAAGGAGACAACCAGGAAGUGGUUUUUCUGACUGAGGAUUCUGUCUUAGAUGCCAUUCCUGAUGUAUCUUCAGAUCAAAAGCUCAAACAAUCUGAAACUUUGAAACCACAAACAUCUACUUCCAAGAACAGAGUACUUCUACCUCUUCUUGACCUUCAUAAAGAUCAUGAUGUGGAUAGUCUUCCAUCACCAACACGUGAAACUACACAUUCUUUACCUUUAGGCAAAGCACUCUUUGUUGGGGAUGCAGAAAUAAGACCAGAGUGGCCUGCACCUAGGCCUGUACCUCGUUAUGAAACAGACGCCCUCAAAGCUGUUUCUACUUAUCAACAAAAGUUUGGAAAAAGUUCAUUUUUUUCAAAUGAUCUUCCAAGUCCAACCCCUUCUGAAGAAAGUGGUGAUGCAGGUGGUGGUGACACUGGUGGCGAAGUUUCCAGUUUCUCAACAGUUCAGACUACAAACACUGCAACAGAACCCACCAUGGAACACAGACCUAAUGUCCAGUUACUUGCAAAUCCUAGGAAUGCUGCUCCUGUUUACUCCACAUCAAGUUCUGUAAUUAGGGGUCCAAAUAAAACAAGGGACCCAAGACUCCGAGCAUCCAAUCCUGAAAGCUCUUUGGAUUCCAGUAAACAACCUGCAAUUGAACCACUUGAUGGCCCUGCACCAAAAAGGUUAAAAAAUGGAGUUGCAGAUUCUGUAGUAACAUCUGGUUUGCCUAGUACAACUAGCGGGAUUGGAAGCUUGCAUAUUCCUGUGACAGGUGUCAAUCCCACUUCAGCAUCCUUGCAAUCCAUUCUCAAAGAUAUUGCAGUGAAUCCUGCAUCAUGGAUGAACAUAAUUAACAUGGAACAACAGAAGCAAGUUGAUCCUGCAAAUUAUGCGACACAAUUGUCAAACCAAAAUUGUUCUUCUGUUGCCUCCAUGCCAACCACUACAGCUGGCGCUCAACCAUUGGUGCAGGAUGAUUUGGGAAAAGUACGAAUGAAGCCUCGUGAUCCACGCCGUGCUUUGCACAGUAAAUCAUUACAAAAGCCAGGCAACUCGAAGCAGUUAGAUCCAAAACAACUAUCAUCAUCAUCAUCAUCAUCAUCAUCAAUGUUAUCUCAACCAGAUAUAACCCGUCAGUUCACAAAGAAUUUGAAAAAUAUUGCUGAUCUUGUGUCUACAACAGUGAGUGCGACUGUUCAGAUACCUUCAUCACAACCGGGACAAGUCCAUUCAAGUUUUGUAAAUAUGAAAGGGCCACCUUUACAACCGGGCCGUCUCCAGAAUGGGACUGGGCCCACGUCUGAAGAAGCUGGGCCGGGCCCGUCUCAACCUCUGAAUGGUUGGGGAGAUGUUGAGCAGUUUUUUGGAAGGUUUGAUGACCAGCAACGAGCUGCUAUUCAGAGGGAAAGGUCAAAGAGAAUGGAAGAACAGAAAAAGAUGUUUGCUGAUCGAAAGCUUUGUCUCGUGUUGGAUCUUGAUCACACUCUUCUCAAUUCGGCUAAGUUUGCAGAAAUUGAACCGAUGCAUGAUGAGAUGUUGAAAAAGAAAGAAGAGCAGGACCGUGAGAAGUCACAUAGGCAUCUGUUUAGAUUUCCUCACAUGUGUAUGUGGACAAAACUACGGCCUGGUAUAUGGAAAUUCUUAGAGAAGGCGAGUAAGCUUUAUGAGCUUCAUCUUUACACAAUGGGAAACAAAUUAUAUGCUACAGAAAUGGCUAAAGUGCUUGAUCCGAAAGGAGUUUUGUUCAAUGGGAGAGUCAUCUCAAGGGGUGAUGAUGGUGAUAGUGAUGGAGAUCCGAAGAGCAAGGAUUUGGAAGGGGUUUUGGGUAUGGAAUCAGCUGUUGUAAUCAUAGACGAUUCCAUUAGAGUAUGGCCUCAUAACAAGCUUAACUUAAUAGUUGUAGAAAGAUACAUAUAUUUUCCAUGUAGUAGGCGACAGUUUGGGCUUCCGGGGCCUUCCCUUCUUGAGAUUGAUCAUGAUGAGAGACCCGAUGAAGGGACUUUGGCAUCUUCAUUGUCGGUUAUUGAGAAAAUACAUGAGAAUUUUUUUAAGCAAGAAUGUUUAGAUGAUGCUGAUGUGCGGAAUAUAUUAGCAUCAGAACAGAGGAAGAUAUUAGGUGGGUGUCGAAUUGUGUUCAGCAGGGUGUUCCCUGUGGGUGAAGCCAGUCCUCACUUGCAUCCUCUGUGGCAGACAGCCGAACAGUUUGGUGCUGUCUGCACCAAUCAAAUAGAUGAACAGGUCACCCAUGUCGUUGCCAAUUCUCUUGGGACUGAUAAGGUGAAUUGGGCGCUUGCUACAGGAAGACCUGUUGUGCAUCCUGGCUGGGUGGAAGCAUCUGCGUUGCUUUACCGGAGAGCCAGCGAGCAUGAUUUUGCUGUCAAACCUUGAAAAUCUCCCGACAUUUUACUUGAUUUUUGCCUUUGGGAUUGGGAUUGGGUCUUAGCCUUAAAAGUUAAAAGGUGAAAACAAUCACACUUAAUAUUAGGCAAAGAACCCACCCACAUCCAACAUUCACCAUCAACCCCACCUAACUCCAUCCCAUCGACCUAAAAAAAGAUUGGCUGAUUUUGUAAAGGUGGAGCGCAAGAAAAAAAAUAUCCUAUCGGGUCAGAUAUGAAAAGUUGACGAGAGGAGGAGCUCCAAUCCCCCAACCCAACUCAAAAGUGUUUGGGAUUUGGGUCAAUUGGAAUAUAAUUUAAAACCCCACUAAAACCAGGUGCACAAAUAAAGAGUUUCAUCAUCGUUGGUUCAAACAAUAAUAUUUGUGGAAAUCGUUUUCGCUAAACACUAAAUACAAUACAGAUACCAAUCCAACUUGACAAACCAAUAGAUCAAAGAAUAACGAAUUUAUUCUUGUUUUCAAGAAUUAUUUUUAGUUGAAUAUACUCUUGCACUCCAAAUUAUUCUUCUCCCAUUCCCCAAACAUACACGACUUUUAUCAUGACUCCCUGUAAAAGUCAAAGGCAACGAGCAUUCAUUCAAGUGAGGGAGUUAACAAAUGAAAAUUAGCUUUUGAGCCACUUGAUCUAUCUCCGCCUUUCUGUUUUCCAAAAUAGAAUACCUUUGCUUCCAACAUGUAAUCAAGAAUGUGUUCAAAACCUUGGAGAUAGCAUAUUACAUUACCAAGUUCUAAUAAUCAUGCCAUCUCACUUCACACACAUUGUAACCUUAACUCUCAACGAUUCCCCCAGCACCAGAAGAAAUUCACAACUGCAAAAAUUAUCAAGAAAACUAUAUUGAUUGGAUUAUAAGAACCAAUGUCUUCAUUGUAUGCUUGUUUAGAAGUGAUUCUAAUAAUCAUGCCGAUGCUAGAGUGUAGUUAGCAUGGUAUUUUGUUGAUCUGAAACAGCGUCAACCAAUGUCCGUCUAACCUUCUUCUCAAGGUGUUUUAAUAACUUCUUAGUUGACAAAGUUAAGACUGACUAUCGCCAAGUGUUCUAAUGCCGGAAAGGGGAUCAUGCUCUCUCCUAAACUUCCACAUAAAGAAACCCAUUUCUAUCACAACUCCAUUAGAACAAAUGAACAAUGUGCAUAUGUAAAAUGUGUAACUCACUCAUUUCACAAAAGUGUGUGUGUGUGUGUGUGUG